CACUUCAAAAGGUUGUGGAGUGCAACAAGACAACCACAUGCUAUUACUACCACCAUCCUCGGUUCCCCGCUCCGGUUCCGGCGCGACCGCGACUAGAUAGGUAGAUACACACAAGCGGACAAGCCGUGGAAGCAUGGCUUGGAGUUUCCACUUUGUUCCCUUGCUCCUCCUCCUCCUCCUGCUCCCCUCCACUUCCGCAGUGGCCACCUCCGGGCACAGCACCGGCAACGCCACCGCAAGCCUGAGGCCAGGGAGGGAGCCGCUCAAGCACCGGAGGAUCAGGGCUCUCCUCGGCAGACUCAACAAGCCCCCCCUCAAGACCAUCAAGAGCCCCGAUGGUGACUUAAUCGACUGCGUUCCCUCCCACCUACAGCCCGCGUUUGACCACCCAAUGCUCAAGGGACAGAAGCCUCUGGACCCGCCGGAGAGGCCCAAGAACUACAACUCCACCAUUGCCGGAGCGGUGGUGGUGCAGGCGUGGCAUGCCACCGGCGAGGCGUGCCCGGAAGGGACGGUGGCGCUGCGGCGGACGACGGAGAAAGAUCUGCUCAGAGCCAGCUCCCUCAGGAGGUACGGCAGGAAGCCGCCACGCCGGACCACCCGCCGUGAUUCCACCAGCAGUGGCCAUGAGCAUGCAGUUGGGUAUGUGAAUUCAGAGAAAUACUAUGGGGCCAGAGCUAGUGUUAACGUGUGGUCACCCAGGAUAGAUGACCCAUCUGAGUUCAGCCUGUCACAGAUCUGGGUCAUCUCCGGCUCCUUCGGCCAUGAUCUCAACACCAUUGAGGCUGGAUGGCAGGUAAGCCCGGAGCUGUAUGGAGAUAGUAAUGCUAGGUUCUUCACUUACUGGACAACUGAUGCGUACCAAGAGACGGGGUGCUACAACCACAACUGCCGCGGGUUCGUCCAGACGACCAACAAGAUAGCCAUCGGCGCCGCUAUCACGCCACAGUCGGUGUACAACGGGAGGCAGUUUGAUAUUAAUCUGAUGAUAUGGAAGGAUCCCAAGCACGGGCACUGGUGGCUGGAGCUGGGCCCGGGCGUGGUGGUGGGCUACUGGCCGUCCGGCCUGUUCACCCACCUGGCGCACCACGCGAGGAUGGUGCAGUUCGGCGGCGAGGUCGUCAACACCCGGCCGCCGGGGUCCCACACGGCGACGCAGAUGGGCAGCGGCCACUUCCCCGGCGAGGGGUUCGACCGCGCCGCCUACUUCCGGAACCUGCAGGUGGUGGACUGGGACAACAACAUCAUCCGGGCGUCCGGCCUCAAGCUCCUCGCCGACCACCCCGGGUGCUACGACAUCCAGGGAGGCUUCAACGGCCGCUGGGGGACCUACUUCUACUACGGAGGGCCAGGGAGGAACGUGAAAUGCCCCUGAAACCUGACAUUGUUAGGCUUUUGCUGUUUCUUUGUUGGUUUUGUUUGUUUGUUUUUUUGUCACCCAAUCUUUUGCGACAGUACUCCAUUAUUUCUUGUAGGAUAUCAUUGUUAGGCUUAGUAGGUCUUUAGCUCCUGGAUGCCUAUGAGCACUCGAGGGUGGAGAGGAAUCUGUAAAUUUUGACAAGUGCGUGCCUGCAGGCGUGUGCAUUCUGUUUACUGCGUAAGUAGCACCAGUUUAUACUGUA